AUGCAGUUCGCACUACCUCCGCGGAGAAGCCCCCAUGCUGUCACAGGCGCGCGGUCGACCCGAAUGCCAAUGUAUCGCAGAAAACAGCUCAAGACCGUCGCCCUGAUUUCCUUCGCCAUCAUCUCAAUCCUCUUCCUACUCUCACAUCUCUACCCCUCAAGCUCGACCUCGACACCCAGUACGCAUGCUGACACGGCAGGCGUGGUGAUCGUGACAGUGCUGGAUCGGAAACAACUCAGCGAGGGCUAUAUUAAAAAGAUCAUCGCCAAUCGCGAACACUACACGAAGGCCCAUGGCUAUACCAAUUUUUUCGCAAGUACGUCCGACUACGAAGAGGCCAUAGGCGAUGCCCAACGAAGCUGGGCCACAGUCCCGGCUGUUCGAAACGCCAUGGCUACCUACCCACGCGCGAAAUACUUCUUUCACCUCAGCCCGCACGCUCUGAUCAUGGACCCGACCAAAUCCCUCGAAUCCCACCUUUUAGACAAGAGUCGAAUUGAAACUCUGAUGCUUAAAGAUUACCCCGUCGUACCGCCUGACAGCAUCAUCAAGACGUUUCCGUAUCUAAAGGAGAAAGACAUUGAUCUCAUCACGACACAAGACAUUGAGGACCUCACACCGGGUAGUUUCGUGCUGCGGAAUGGAGACUUUGCGCGCUUCUUCCUGGAUAUAUGGUUCGAUCCUCUGUUCCGCAGCUAUAACUUCGCCAAAGCCGAGGUUCACGGAUUGGAUCACAUCUUGCAAUGGCAUCCAACCGUGCUUGCUCGAACGGCUCUUGUACCCCAGCGGGUCAUAAAUGCUUACAGCAAAGACUCCCCAGGCGCUGCUGUCAAUGGUACUUACCAAGAGGGUGAUUUCAUCCUCCGGUUCCCUAGAUGCGAUAGUACUGAGACCGGUGACUGCGCCGAGGCGGAAGCAUACUACAAAGUGUGGCUGAAGAAGACCCAAAAAGAUUAA